AACAACUUGAACCAUCCUAAGAUGAAGACAUUCGGUGUUGCAGUGGCCGUCGUGCUCACCUUUGUUUGUAUUCAGCAGAACUCUGCUGUCCCAGCCACUGAAGUGCAAGAGCUGGAGCAGCCAAUGACCACCGAGAAUCCGGUUGCUGAAUAUGAGGCGACAUCAGUGGACUCAUGGAAGAUGCCGUAUAAAAUCAGACACAAGCGUGGAAUUGAGUGUCGCUUUUGCUGCAUGUGCUGCUUCCCCCCUGCCUGCGGAGUGUGCUGCGAAUUCAAAUGGUGAGGAUUCC